AUGAUGACGUGCCGUCUGCUGUGCGCCCUGUUGGUGCUUGCCCUGUGCUACUGCCCGUCCGUGUGUGCGACAACGGAAGAAGAUAACCCCGGUACGGACUCUGAACUAAAAAAGGAUGAAGGUAGGACAAACGGUAGGCAGAAGGGAACAAGUGAGAGCCCAGACCUGACGACCAAAGAGUCACAGGUUGAAAGUGAGGGCGGUACGCAAGACAUACAAGGUCGGGACACCGAUGUGAUCUCCGACAGUGAAGGUGCACCAGGUGCGUCCGGUGAGCCAGGGAAAACAAGCGAUGUGGAUCAAUCUGCAACAAACCCAAAAUUGGGGGUUCCUUUGGAAAAAACGACGACCACAACACCAACUACAACUACAACAAAGGCACCAAACACUAUGAAUACAGAGGCGCCAACCACGACGACCACCACCACACCGUCACGUCUUCGCGAAAUUGACGGCAGCCUCAGCAGCUCUGCGUGGGUGUGUGCCCCGCUGCUGCUUGCCGCAUCCGCGCUGGCGUACACCGCUGUGGGCUGA